AUGUUCACCAAAUGUAUUGCCGUAGAGUUGGGACACAAAGGCAUUCGUGUUAAUAGUGUUAAUCCCGGGGCAGUUAAAACAGACAUUGGUCGUGACGAUACAGUUGGUCAAAGUGGUGUUAUACCCUGGUAUGAAAAAUUUGGGAAACUAUACCCUGUAGGGCGACAUGGAGUGGGAGACGACAUCGCAAACGCUGUGCUAUAUUUGGCAUCAAAUGAGAGUUCAUUCAUAACGGGAAGUGUUUUGGUGGCCGAUGGCGGACAUCUCGCCGCUAAUAUGUCUCUUACCCAUAACUUUGUGGGAAAGGUAGCCCUAGUGACCGGGUCCAGUUCAGGCAUAGGUGCGGCCACUGCCAUACUGUUUGCCAAAUCGGGUGCCAAUGUUGUGGUGACGGGACGUAAUGCCACAAAAGUGUCAGAAGUGGCCAAACAGUGUCUCAAUGUGUCUCCAAAAGGAUUGAAAGCACUGGAAGUGGUGGCAGACGUUACCAGAGAUGAAGACCUCGUAAGACUUGUGGACACAACUGUCCAAACAUUUAGCAAAAUAGAUAUUCUCGUGAAUAAUGUUGGCACUGAUGAAUCUGCACCAAUUUGGAGUACUGAUUAUAUGGACAUAUUUAAAAAGACUUGUAAAAUAAACUUGGAUUCUGUGGUAUUUCUGACACAUAUUUGUGUCAAACAUUUGGAGAAAACUAAAGGAAAUAUUGUUAACAUAUCCGCCGUUUCAAGCACUCAAACGUUACCACAAUAUUCGGCAUAUUGUAUGUCAAAGUCAGCGCUGGAUAUGUUCACCAAAUGUAUUGCCGUAGAGUUGGGACACAAAGGCAUUCGUGUUAAUAGUGUUAAUCCCGGAGCUGUUGAUACAAUUACUAAAGAUUUGACCCACGAUUAUGAUGUUUAUAAUGUCAACAUUUACGCAAAACUAUAUCCUGUGGGCCGGUAUGGUGUGCCCCAGGAUAUAGCUAAUACUGUGCUAUAUUUGGCGUCCAAUGAAUCGUCAUUUAUUACGGGAACAGGUCUUGUGUCAGAUGGUGGACAUCUGGCCGCUAAUGUCAACAUUUCUCAAUUGCAAUAG